CGGUACGAAGAUCUCUUUCCUGGUUGUAACUCCCGCUUUUUCUUUUUUCCCCAUUUUAGAUAAGCGUCUGAUAAAAGAAGAUGAUAAAAAGACCGUUAUAUGCAUCGAGGGGAAUAUUGCAAGCGGAAAGACAACGUGCCUGGAUUAUUUUGCGCAGACUACCAGCAUCGAGGUCUUGACAGAACCAGUGAGUAAAUGGAGGAAUGUUCGAGGUCAUAAUAUCCUGGGUUUAAUGUACCAGGAUGCUUCGAGAUGGGGGAUAACCUUACAAACUUACAUACAGCUUACAAUGUUGGAGCAGCAUACCAAACCAAUGAUUUCCCCAGUAAGAAUGAUGGAGAGAUCAAUUCACAGUGCAAGAUACAUUUUUGUAGAGAAUUUGUAUAGGAGUGGGAAGAUGCCAGAGGUGGAUUAUGUUGUGCUGUCUGAAUGGUUUGACUGGAUCCAGAACAACACCGAUGUUUCAGUUGAUUUGAUAGUUUACCUGCAGACAUCUCCUGAAGUUUGUUAUGAGAGAUUAAAGGGAAGAUGCAGAGAAGAAGAGAAAAUCAUUCCUCUGGAAUAUUUAGAAGCUAUUCAUCAGCUCUACGAAGAGUGGCUCAUUAAAUAUACAUUAUUUAAAGUUUCCUGCCCAGUGCUUGUCAUUGGAGCUGACCACGACAUGCAGAAAAUGAUAGAAAAGUAUGAAGAGAACCGGGACCAAAUACUAAACCCAUUGCUCUUCCUCCUGCAGAGUCUGGGUAUUCUGCCAUCAGUUGCAAUUAAAAUGUUUGGACCUGAAGCUCUCCGUGCUCUUGCAAAUAAUGACUCGUAGUGAGUUACUGUCCUGCCUGAGGAAUUGGAGUAUCUAGUCCUUCCUGUAGAGUAUGGAGGUUGAAGUAAUUACUGUGCUUUUGUAAAGCAGGUUAAAGUCAGGUGAGGAUUAUGGUUUUUUACUUUUUUUUUCCCCCCCCAGCAUUUGGUAAAUUGCAGCAUUUGAGUUAUUUGUAUAUUGAGUUGCAUAAGUUGCAAGUUUUUAAAAAGUUUAGUCUCAGAACAAAAAAGUAGCUCUAAGAUUAAUUCCUACAUAAGAGAAAUAUAAUCUGUUUUGUCCAGAUGCCAUUUAUCUGUUUUUUUAUCCUAAAAUAACACAAAAAAUUACUAUAAGGGUUAACUGUUGUGUAAACGUAUUCCUGUAAGAGUGAUCUCUCUGAAUGCAUACAAAAGGUCAGGCAAGAGUGACACAGCAGAGGAGCUCUGGUUUUUACUUGUUACCACGCUACUUGAUUUUAUUUAUUCUUACGUCAGGGGGCUUUGAGGUGAUCCCUCUGUCUGAUAAGUGAUUUAUUUCUCCCUCACAUCUCCCCACGAUAAAUACUAAGCUGCUAGGACUUUUACUGUAAGUAGGCUGCUUUGCACAUGCUGCUGUAUUCUGUUCCAUUCCUGUCCUUACUGAAGGGAGUUGUAAUGUUUAAUGCUGUGAAAAGGAAACCUUUAGGAUUUAUCAGCUGUCUCACUUAAGAGAACAGUGCCAAUUAACUUUCACUGGAUGGAGCCUUUAGUGGUGACAGUGGAUUACAGGUUAUAACUUUCCCAGUGUUGAGAUACAAGUAAAGUUAAAUAAAUAAAUGUUAUGUUUUAGAAA